CGUGCAGAUGCAUAUUUACAAUUGUGACAUUCUCCAAUGACAAUUCAAUUUCGUGUGGAUCAUUCAAGGUUACUGUGACGCCGACAACGACAACGACUACGACUACGACAUUAUUUCUGUAAAUCAGCUUUCAUCUCCUUUACCCUUCAUUGCAUUAGACCCGAACCCAAACCCGCCCAACCAUUAGCGAUCCAUUGUCGAUUUCUCCCUUCGCGAAACCGACAUACCAAUCGAUCGAUAGCAGAGCAGAGCUCCUAACCACUCACCAUAUCUCGCCCAUCAUGAAGCCCGUCGUUAGUUCUAUGCAAGCAUGGUCUUGCGUCGUCAUCUCCGUCUUCGCCAUCGUCAUCCUCUCCAUCCUCGGCGGUGUCUUCUCCAGCAAUCACCAUGAAUUCGUAGGCGGCGCCAACGAUCCCGAGGACGGCUCCGCUGUUGCGGGAACCGUGUUUACCGCCGUUAUCGUCUACGCUGCUUUCUUGGUAUUCUGCGGCCUUCAGGGCAUGUUGCAUCUACGCGAGAACCGCCGAGGCGCUAUCGCGUUGUCAUGAACGCGGGACACGAUCCUUCGGACAAACGUUAAUCGGUGCCAACUUACAAACCUGCACACGCAUUACGGAUAUCGAUAUUCUACGUGGAAGGAGUUGGGGUGCGGCAUUUGGAGUUACUGAGCCACUUCUAACACCCUGCUAUGUGG